CCCGGAACCCGGAAGCGGUUGCGCAUGCGCAUCGUGGGCGGGCCGGCCCCACCCCUGGGAGCCCAGGGCCGCUCUGGGCUGCGUGCUCAGUGGGGGCCCUUGGACCGGAGCCGGCGAGGCCGCGGACACCCCGGCCCGGCAGGAGACGCCCCUGCAGGCGGCGGGAACGGCAGCGGCGGCCCUGGCGCGGGGCGGGACGCGGAGGUCGGGGCUGCAGCGGCCCCUGCCGGACACCCGGGCGCGGCCGGGCUCCCGAGACCCGCCGGGCCAGGUCGCUUACCACCAGCACUGCUUUUCCUGGAAGGAAUUUCAUAUGGCAGGCCAAUGAAUGGGAAAGGGAAGUGGUUUAAGAACUUGGGUGCAAAAAAUGGCACUGAGGCCAGGGAACGGGGAAGGCACAGUGGCCCUCACUGCAGCCUACCAUGGUCCGAAGACCUCUGCCAUCACCCACAGAUUUGGCCACCUUGAAGGCAGGAUACUCCAUCCAGGUCCAGGAGCCCACCACCCACAGCUAUCCAGCACACCACCACUCAACCCCGUCCUCUCUUCCACCCUUGGAAGAGCGACUUCCUCAGCAGUGUCAGGCUGCCGCUUAAAGCAUCAGCCACCAGCUUUUCCAUCCUUCCGGCAAUUACAGCUUAAUUUCUAGAUGUCUUGUCCUGGAAUGUUCUUUUUCCAUCCCAUCCGUAGUAAUUCCUCUCUUACUUUCAGUCUCAGCUCAUUUGUCACUUCUUCCAGGCAGCCUUCUCUCCCCCUGCUCUCCCUACCACCAGUCCUUGAGACUCCUUGUCCCUGAUACAAGCACCGUAGCAAUUACCCCAGGGAUGAUGUCAGAUGUAUUUCUGCUUACUUGGUUAAGUGUUCUCUUCCCCACCAGUCUGUGAACUUCCCUGAAGGUGACCUUUUGUCUCUAUUUGCUCACUGUGAUAUUUCCAGUUCCUCACAGUGCCUGAGAGUGGACUUUCAAUUGACCGAUUCCUUUAAUAUAUAUAAAAUGAAUGAGUAAAUAAUUUUCCAGGAAAAGCAGCCCCAAACACAUGGAAUAAUAGCUUGCCAUCUACCAAAAUGCAGAAGCGAAUUGUUUUGUCUUUCAUGUUUCUUAUAAGUCCUUAGCAACAUAAAACAAACAAACAAAAAAUCUAGUGAUAACUCACUCAAUUUAUGGAGGUUUUCCUGGGAUGACUAGGUAGGUGAUAUAAGAGUUUAGGAGCAGAUACACUAGAAAGUAAUAUUGUUUUCUCCCUUGAGUGAAAUUCAGACAUGCCAAGCUAUACCUCUAGAAAGAGACUGUCCCCCAACCCUGACUUUUAAAUCUUCUCCCAUUACUCACUUAGCUGAUAAUCAUGCUGUCCCUCAGGGGUGGACUGUUGUUCUUUAAGCCUCUUGUACAAAUAUAAACAUGGACCUAAACAUCUA